UGUUUGAUUCCCUCCUCAAAGUUCACUCUGUUCGAAUCUCGGUUUCAUUAAAUCAAUCAGUAUCAAAGCUGCACAUUCCUCAAGAUGGCUACACCAAGCAUGGUAAUGUAUUACGAUGAAGUUAGCCCACCGGUACGUGGCGUUCUGCUGACGAUCGCUGCACUGGGUGUGAAGGAUCGAAUCAAGUUCGAGUACAUCAGUAUCUUCGACCGUGGACAUCUGACUGCUGACUUCUUGAAGAUAAAUCCGCUGCAUACAGUUCCAGUGCUGCGUCACGGUGACUUGACGCUCAUCGAUAGUCAUGCUAUAUUGAUGUACCUAUGCGAUACAUUCGCAGCACCAGGGGAUACAUUAGCCAUAACUGAUACUUUAACGAGAGCGAAAGUCUUCAAUAUGUUGUGCUUCAACAAUAGCCACCUAUUUCAACGUGACGCAGAAGUUAUGCGUAAAAUUUUUAGUGGUUCUAUUACCGAUCCAAAGAACCAUCUCAAACCGAUCCAGGAGACGAUAGAUGCGUUGGAACAGUUUCUUCGUCAAUCUCGCUAUACCGCACUCAACCAUCUUUCGGUGGCGGAUUUAGCCAUAGUGGCUACACUUAGUACACUGGACAUCUUGGUACCUAUCGAAGCAGAUCGAUGGCCGCGCGUAAAUGAGUGGUUCAAGGAGAUGCAAGCGCUGCCCUACUACAAUGACCAGAAUUGUGCUGGGUUAGAAAAGUUGCGCGAAAAAUUGUACGCAAAAAUUAACAUCUAAGAGGGAAUUUCUCGAUUAGUUGAGUUAGUGCGUUCGAGAGCUAUGGUAUCAUACGUUUUUUCCUGUUCCCUUUAUUGUGCAUGUCUUGAGUGUUCUGACGUGCUGACGACGGCAAUCCUUGAUGAAAGAGCACUGCUGUUGUUAUUCAGCCGGUUAGCGCUGUUAUUGUUCAAUGUUGUAUCGUUUGCACCGUCACCUGAAAUCCGUACACCCUUAAACAGCUCAUCCAGCGUUUCCAGCGAGCCGGUGGACGAUUUGUUGAACUUGGCAUCAAAUUUGUUCGAUAGAGUGUUGUUGUUUGUCACAUUACUGCCUGCAGUUGAGAAAGGAUCUAAAAAAUAAAUAAAAAGUAAAAUAUAGCAUCACAUUUGUCCCAAUGGCAAAUUCAGGCAAAAGACAAACCUUCGGAAGAUGGCGCAUCGUUCUCGGCAUCGGCGAACGGGUCUUCGAUGUUAAAUGGAUCCUCGUAUCGAUCGUAUCGUUUGUCACCGCAAAACGACAGAUAGUGUAUGUAGUGAAUUGAUUGUUGCAUACAUUUUACAGUGUCAUUGAAAUGGUACAGCACACGCACGAUGAUGAAGUGUGUUUAACAAAU